AUGGAGGUGUCUCCUUCAGGUUGCACACGAGCAAUCGAAACCCUUCCGUCCUUCCAGCAAAAUAAGCAACAGGAACCGCAUAUUGACACUGCGAGCGAAACUGACACUACAAACUCUACACACGCCCCAAAUACUCCCGCAGUGCUUCUGGCAAGCCCUCCGAAUUCUCAAUCACGUUCCAACCUUACACCAUUGCCACUUCUGCUUCUUCUCCACGGCGCAGAUACCCUAGUGUUCAUUGACCCUUCUCCGGAGACAAUCCGAUCAAAGGUGUCUAUUUCCGCACAGACAGUUCCCCAUCGCAUCCACAGUGAGAAGCUAUUGGCUACAGGCUCGGCCUACUUCAAACGUCUUUUCAAUCCACAAACCCAGAUCCGCGUCCGAAAGCGACGCGGCUUGACUGGCAAGCUGCCAGAGGGAAUUCAAUACGUCCUGGAUCUUACACCUCCAACAACGGACGAAGAUGCAAUUAUCUUCUUGACCGAGUUGUCAUGCCCGAUGAGUAUCAGAACGUGGGCCUCGAAACAGGAAAUAUGGAGCCUGCCAUGGCAGUGCGUUGGGGGACAAGAUGAAUUGGAACCCUUCGAGCAACUUGCGCAAUCCCAUACAUCCCCCGAGCCCCCAGCCGAUAUCGAUGUCGGCCAUCUUGAACAUCUGAAAAACGAGCAGAUGAAACUAUCCCCGGAAUUACAGGGCAGAUCUUUAGCAUACCAACCUGAGAUAGUGGAAAAGAAGGGCCUGCCGGUGGAAUACUCCCCCUCACGCCAUCGUGAAGGCAUUGAGCACAUUCUCCACGCUCUGGAAGGACUAAAUCCCAGAAUAGACACCCCUUGCAAGUUGUGGACUUUUUUUGCCCUCGCCAAAAUAUUUGACGUGGCUACGGUGCCAGCCAUUUGCGACCCCAUCAUCUCGUGGUUCUAUCAGCUCAACAACACUCGGUUCAUUGAACUUCAUCCCGAGAUAACAUAUCGAGUGGCGUGUGGUAUCAGAUCUGCCUGCCUCUAUCGAGAUGCUUUUGCUGGAAUGGUUGGAGACGAAGCCCUGCUGUACCUGAUCCGAGCCACACGUUUCAAACCAAUCGGAUUCAUGGAAAGCUUGGUGCGGAGCCAAAUUUCCGAUGCUCUAGACGACGCGGAGGUGCAGCGUAUUGAAUACGCUAGCAAGAGUUUUGGUGACUACGUUGUUCGGUGUUUCUUACACUUGACCGGGAGUGAAAUGCCCUGGUUGGCACACAUUGUUGAGUUCCAGAAGCUUACCCGCCAUAUUCAACUUUAUCCCGCAGAUCAGGAAAUCGUACAUCAACUAGUCAUGACGCUAAAGGAACUCGUCCGUGACCGUGUUUACGACGUUUUGGUCAAGACAAGAGACACAAAUCGAUCAUUCCAUGUGGCUCCAAACUUGGCAAGAUCCGAAAACCCAUACCACCGAUCGCGCAAAGACAAAGAAUUUAUCCUUCAGCGAUUAAUUGGGAAAACAUUCUGGAGUGCGCUGGUGUGGUUGGACCUCAGUCCAGGUGAGGUGCUUCGUAAGCAGUCUCAUUCUUCGAUAGCAGAGAUCGGCGAUGGCUCGCUGGCCUUUAGUGGUGAAACCGCAGCAAGGAUUCGCCAUGUUUCGCUUAGGGAAGUCCGCCAGUUGACCCAUGCGUUUAACCAAGCGGUUAGAACCAGGUAUCAGGCACACCAGGAGGAAGAGGCUCUAGCUGCGGGACAUGCGGGGGGUCGCGUUGUGAUGGAGAUGACCUUUAACGCCCGGCAGUCACAAUCGGGCAAUGAGGUUGAGAGCGCCUCCGAAAACGGCCCUUUCUUCGAUCCCAUUCCUGCUCCCACCCCUAACCCAUGUCUUCCGCCUGUGUCUCCACCGCCAUCAACGACGGACAUUUCAGCAGACAUCUUCCAAGAAAAGACAUUCAAAAAUGAGGUUCAAGCUUUCCUGAAGAAGUACGCACUAGAGAUGUUACGGGAGCCUGGCCCAACCACAAUGCGGCACGAAAUCAUAGAUACCCUAACCUGCCUCAAAUACAAUGAAUUCCAAUACCUACCUCUGUGGGCGGGUGGCAAUGACGAUGAAACUGGCGGUGUUUUCACCGACUUGAUCAUUCCUGCCACAGACCUCGGUGGGUUCUCAGGUCCUGGGCCCGCCGUGCACACUGGCAGUAUCGCCUCAAGCCAUGAUUCUCUCAGUGUGAUCGAGCCUGGUGACACCCAGAGCACAGUUUACGGCGCAUCUCACAAUGCGACUUACAGUCACGCUUCGGAUAUCAUUUCCGUGGACUCUACCGACUAUUCCCAGUUUGAAAUCAAGCAUGAGAAUACCAAGAGCCACGAUGAAGCGCAGCGGGAUGCUUACAUGGAGGUAACCGAGUAUGACGAUGAGACAUCAUCCCUGGAUUUUGGCCUGACUUCCGACGAGGAAUACGAAACACAUAGCAACGGCACCGUUACCAUGGAAAUGGAAUCAAUGGAGCCUUAUUUUGCUAGUAGCUCCGAGGAUAUCGACAUGGACAAGGUGGAGGAAGAAGGUAAUGAUACUGAGUUCGAAUUAGUUGGUGAUUCUAAGUAA